CCGGCUAGGGAGGCAGGCUGUGGAGUCGUGGCGCCGCACGGCCGACAUGAGUGGCGUGGGCUGGUCGCCACACGCCAGGGUGUUCGGCGGCUUCGUCACCCACGUCGGCCUCUACCCGUUCGCCGCGUACAUCUUCAUCCUGAAGCAGAUCACGACACUGUCGUGCAGCGUCACGAUCGUGGCACCCAAGUGGGUGCUGUCUGCAGCCCACUGUGUCAGGGGCAUGCACUGGCAAGGUAUAAUAUUCGCUGGCGAUGUGGACUUCACGACCGACAGACUCUUCACAAAAUACAACAUCCAGAUACGGAUCGUCAGAGAAACGUUCGACUACACUCCACCAAAGCCCGACGAACUGGUUCACGACAUCGUGGUGGUCGAACUUUGGAGGGAACUCAGAAUUGAAACGGGUUAUGUCACUACCAUUCCCCUGACGGAAAACACAAGGCUACCACCAAAUUUCAAGGAAACAUGCACCAUAGUGGGCUACGGACAGCGUGGAGCAAACCUGAAGCCGAAAACGGGUCUCCAGCGAGCCGCCAGCUUCAUUACCGAACCCGGACCCACGUGUGGCCGGACUGAUGUCAAAGAGAACGGACUGUGCACUCUGGACGUGGAGAAGAAGUCCUCGUGCAAGGGCGACUCUGGGGGUCCCGUCUUCUGCUCUGGCCGCCACGUGCUGAUGGGCAUCAUCACGGGCGGCCGCUUCAAGAACUGCAGCAUGCAGUGGUGCGGCGCGCCGAUGUUGCACAACUACCACAUGUUCGUGGGCUACUACCGCAGUUGGAUACUGCGCAUCAUCCAGCCACAGCCUAGUGGUGGGGAACAGCGCGGGUCUGGCUCCCUCCCACUGCCACCGGUCAGCGCCUCACUGCUGCUUGUGCUCUGCUGCGCAAUACACACGUGUCCAGUUUCUUGAUUUCCUGCAUUUAUUCAUUUUGUACAAACACUUCUAUUAGACACAGUUACUAAACACCCAAGUCAAAACAAAUCCUCUGGAGUAGAUUACAUUCCCUCAAAAUUGUUGAGAACUUUGGAAUAAGCACCCAUGAUAGAACUAUGGUACCUGUAGAGGUGAAAUACCAUUUGAACUCCAGAGGAAUAUAGUAACACCAUUUCCAAAAAUGGCAGGUGCUGACAGGUGUGAAUAUUACUGCAUUAUCAGUUCACUAACUCAUGGUUACAAAAUAUUGACGCAUUAUUUACAGAAGUACAGAAGCGGUGGUACAGCCCUGCCUCUGGAACAUCAGUUUGGUUUCCAGAGAAAUGUAGCAACAUAAAAGUAUAAACUGACCCUAUGACUUAUCCUAGGAGAUAGAUAAAAGAAAUGUAAACCUAAGUGCAUAGUAUUCGUAGAAUUAGAAAAAGCUUUUGACAAUGUUCAGUGAAAUACACUCUUUGAAAUUCUGAAGCUGGCAGGAAUAAUGCAGAAGUGAAAGUUUGUCUACAAACUGUAGAGUUGAAGGAAUUAAAAGCAAGCAGUGGUAGAGGAUGGAGUGCGGCAGAACUACAGUCUAUUUCCAAUGUUAUUCAGUCUGUACACUGAGCAAAGCUGUGAAGGAAACCAAGGAGAAAUUUGAAGAGCGAAUGGAAGUUCAGAGAGAAGAAAUAACAUCCUUGAGGUUUGCCAGUACCAUUGUAGUUUUGUCAAAGUUGGCAAAGUACCUGGAAAAUCACUUGAACAGAAUGAAUAGUGUUGCAUAGAGGUUAGAAGAAGAAUAUCAUUAAAAGUAAAAGGACAGAAUAGACUGUAGAAGGAUUUUA